GGGAAGCCGCAAGCAAGCAAGCAAGCAAGCAGUGGUUCGAUCUGAUCAUAGGUACCUAGUUCAGCUAUUUGUAUCUUGCUUGCCUACCUUGAAUAAAAGCGUACUUCUUCUCACUCUCCUCUGCCCUCCCACCUCAUCCGUCCAACUACCCACACUCACAACUGCCAACGCCCAACGCCCAACCCCACUUUCCAACGACAACAACCCCACCACCACCACCACCACCACCACAACAACAACAACCACAACAACAACAACCACACACAAUGCCUCUCGUAGUUCCCGGCCUCCAGUCUACCGGCGACAAGACCCAAGACUGGUCGAACCAGCUGCUGGGCAAGAAGAUCGGCGACACGUCCGACAACGUGACGUUCGCGAAGCAAGACCUCCCGCAAAGCCACCGCAUCGUGCAGGAAGGCGGGCCCAUGACCAUGGACUACAACCCGGAGAGGCUGAACGUGCACGUCGCCGAGGACGGCACCGUGCGCAAGGUGACGCACGGCUAGGCCGUGCCUAUCCUGCUCUAAGACGUGAGCAGGGUGCGAUGCGGCGCGCGAGCUAGGUUGGUGACGUAGCCGACGGCUUUCACGGGCUGUGUGUACGAUGAUGGCAUGCAUGCAUGCACGCAGGCAUGGAUGGGUGUGACGAGUGGGCUGGGUAUUUACCUGCCUACCACCACCACCAGCAAUACCACUAUUACCACUACGCUUAGGAAUGGAAUGACAUGACAUGACAUGGCACGAACAAAUCAGCUUGACCAAUCGUGCUUUAUUUGCAGUGUA